GUCCUUCCUCAUUCUUCCGUGCACUCCCAAGUCACGAUCCUUCUGCUGUCAUUAUGCAGUUCAGACACUUUCCAAUUCUUGCUCUAGCAAGCCUCGUUGCGGCUCAGGAUAGCGGCAAUGACACCCAAUCGCUCAAUGCCACCCUCGCUGGCAAUGAUCAGCUGUCCAACUUGACUAACUUCCUCUCCCAAUACCCCUCUCUGCUAUCUGCCCUCUCUCAAGCUAGCGAGAUCACCAUCCUCGCUCCUUCCAACGAUGCCUUCACCGAGUUUGCUGAUACGGACACCGGCCGAACAAUCUCAAACAAUUCCGACCUCCUGUCAGCUCUCUUGCAGUACCACGUGCUGAACGGAACAUACCAGGCCAGCCAGGUCACCAACCAGAGCGCCUUUAUCCACACGCUGUUGACCGAUGAGACGUACACCAACGUCACCGACGGGCAAGUUGUCGAAGCCGUCCAAGUCGGCAACGACACCGUCUUCUAUUCGGGCCUGCUGCAGAACAGUACCGUGACCACCGCAGACCAAAACUUCACCGGCGGCACAGUCCACAUCAUUGACCGCGUGCUCACCUUGCCCCCCUCGAUCCUCGAAGCCGCCCUCGCCCUCAACCUCACCUCCCUCUAUGGCGCCGUCAAUCUCACCGACUCUGUUGAGGCCGCCUCCAAGCGCAACAUCACCGUUUUCGCGCCCAACAACGAGGCCUUCAACAGCAUUGGGUCUGCGCUGGCAAAUCUCUCGUCAGACGACUUGCAAAGCAUCCUCGAGUACCACAUUGUAGAGAACGUGUACUACUCGACCGACCUGGCAAAUGGGACGACGCUGCAGACGGAAGAUGAUGAUCGCGACUUGACGAUUACAACGAACGAGAAUGGAACCGUGUUUGUGAAUGCCGCAGAGGUGGUGGUACCAAACAUUCUCAUCGCCAACGGUGUCUUGCACAUUAUUGACAACGUCCUCAACCCCUCCAACACAGCCGCCCCCUCCGCCUCCGCGACGGCCGGUGCCCCUGGCUUCACAGGCAGCGCGGUAAGCGAGCAGCCCUUCACUAGCGGUCAGCCGACGCCGACGACCCAGGUGAAUCCUACCUCUGAAGGCGCGGGCCCGGCGCAGAGCACUGCCGCGGGUAGCGAGAGCAGUGGACUCGCGGCGCCGCGGUGCACAGGUGGUGUCGAGUAUGCGGCGCUUGUUGGUGCUGGAGCGGCUGCGAUGGUUUGGGGUUUCUAAGCCAGUUCGAAGGUGAGUUGAUAGGAGACCUGGACAAUUAAUGACUCGAUUGGUGUUGAGGUUAUGAGUUUAUGGGAUCUCGGUCGUUGGGCUUAUCUGCGGUGCUACAUUCUGUGCACAUUCAUGGAACUCAGUCG